AUGCAGCAACCACCAAAUCCAAAUCUGAAUCAAGCUGCAAUCAAUGGUGUCUAUCAACAGCCUUCAAUAGACGGUUUACAGAGACCAUUGAAUCCACCCACAAAUGGUAUUCCUCCUACUUCAUAUGGUCGUCCUACAAUGCCACAACAGCAAUAUCAACAGGCUGCUCCUUUUCAACCUGGAACUAGACCUGGCUUCAAUCCUCAACAACCAGGUUUUGUCAAUCCAGCUACUGUUGGUGGGGCUAGGCCACUUCCACAACAGCCCAUGCAGCCAAUGCAACCUAGACCAAUGCCCGCAAUGUCUGGUGGCAUAAGUCCCAAUCUGGUUGGUCAAGGAACGCAACAGCCAAUGUCACAGCAACAUCCCAUGGCAGGAAUGCCACAACUACAAAUGCCAUUACAGCAACAACCGAUGCAGCAACCAAUGCAGCAACCGCAGCAGAUGCAGCAACCAAUACAACAACAACCACAACAGCCUGUACAGCAACCUAUACAACAACAACCCAUGCAACCAAAUCAACCAAUGUCAACAGCCAAUAGACCAUCUUCUAGACGUGCAUAUCCCGAACAAAUGGCAGCUUACGGUGGUCCUGCAUCACAAGCUAUAGAUCCCUUCAACCCUCAAAACGUUCCAAUAUCACCUGCUGGUUAUGCUCCAGUUGACCAAGGGAUGAGUAAUAAUGGUCCAGCUUAUAAUAGAAAUCCUUCAAUGGCACAAGCUCCUAUCGCUGCAGGCUACCAGCCACAACCUGCUUAUGGAAUGCAACAACCUCAACAAUAUGGACAUGCUGCUCCAAUUCAACAACAGCAGCAGCAGCAGCAGCAACCACAGCAAGGUUAUGGAUCUGAUAUGGGAUCUAUAAUUAAUAGUUUUGGCAAUAUGGCUGUUGGUGGUGGCAGUGGUUAUAACGCGGCAUCAGGACAGAAUCGAGGUCCCCCAGGCGUCAAUCUAUUACAAGGCAUACCACUAGCUACUGAGUUGCUUAGACCGCCACCUCCGUUUAUGAUGGCGAGCACGGCGUCUGUAUCAGCUGCACCUACAUCCAAUUCCGAUCCAUCUUAUAAACGAUGUACCGUUGGAGCAGUGCCUCAAACGCUACAGCUACUCAACAAGUCCAAAAUGCCGUUCGCAUUGGUUCUUUCACCUUAUCGUAAUAUACAUCCUGGAGAGGAACCUGUGCCCGUCAUCAAUCCAGAGACUAUUGUCAGAUGUAGGAGGUGUCGAUCAUACAUCAAUCCAUGGAUUCAAUUUGUGGAUCAAGGAACUAGAUGGAAGUGCAAUUUGUGUUUCCUCACAAAUGAAGUACCACAAUUCUUUGAUUACGAUAUGGAAACAAGGCAACCUGUAGAUCGCUUAAAGAGAACGGAACUCACCCAUGCUGUUGUUGAAUAUGUUGCACCACAAGAAUAUAUGGUUCGACCACCACAGCCAGUUGUUAUGCUGUUUUUGAUUGAUGUGACUUAUGCUGCCAUCCAAUCAGGAAUGGUCGCCACCGCUGUACGAACGAUAUUAGAAUCAUUAGACUCGAUACCCAAUACGGAUGAUCGUACAAAAAUUGGAUUCAUUACUGUAGAUAGUACCAUACACUUUUACAACCUCAAUGCGACAUUGACUGAACCGCAAAUGUUGGUGGUUUCAGAUCUGGAAGAUGUCUUUCUGCCACAACCCGAAGAUUUACUCGUCAAUUUGUCUGAAUGUCGUCAAACUAUUGAAACCUUGUUGAAGAGGAUACCGGACAUGUUUGCUUCAACGCAAAAUGUUCAAAGUGCGUUGGGUCCAGCAUUACAAGCUGCAUACAAAUUAGUUAACCCUAUUGGUGGCAAGAUUGUGUGUUUGCAAGCGUCGCUACCUACGUUACAUGCUGGUGCUCUGAAAGUUCGUGAAGAUAUCAAGUUGUUUGGAACUCCUAAAGAAUCAACCCUCCUUCAACCGGCCAUUCCUUUUUACAAGACUUUGGCAGUUGACUGCUCACGAGCACAAGUCAGUAUAGACUUGUUCUUGUUCAGCGGUCAAUAUAUGGAUCUUGCAACACUCAGCGGCUGUGCCAAAUAUACUGGUGGUUCUGUAUACUACUACCCAGGCUUUAAUGCAGCAAGGUCCGAAGAUGCGCUGAAGUUUGCUCAAGAGUUGUCACACUUUAUGGGUCGACCUAUUGGUUUGGAAGCAGUAUUGCGGGUGAGAGCGUCCAAGGGAAUCAAGAUGACAGCCUUCCAUGGAAACUUCUUUUUACGGUCGACAGACCUGUUGGCACUACCGAAUGUCAAUCCAGAUCAUGCUUACGGUGUAGAAAUGACUAUAGAAGAGACCUUGAAUACCGGAUUAUGUUGCUUCCAAACUGCUGUCUUGCAUACCAGCAGCAAUGGGGAGAGACGAAUUCGUGUCUUGACACUGGCACUUCCAGUUACAACCAAUCUGGCAGACAUGUUUUCAACAGCUGAUCAAUACGCUUUGGCAUCGAUACUUGCUAAAAAGGGUGUUGACCGGGUGUUGUCUUCCAGACUAGAGGAUGCUCGAGAAGCCAUACUCAACAAGUUGGUUGAUAUUAUAUCAGUCUUUAAAUCCAACUUUACGACAUCUGGACAAGCAGUACAGCUAUUAUUACCUGAAAACCUGAAACUGUUGCCUAUGUUGAUUAUGGGUAUCAUCAAAAACUUGGCAUUCAGACAAGGAACAAACAUACCUAGUGACAUGAGAUAUUUCAUGCUUGGUAUGCUGUAUACCAUAUCAACCGAUUUGAAUACGGUUAUGUUGGCUGCCAGGUUCUUUGCUAUACAUGCCAUGAGUGCUGAGCGUGGAACGGUUGGACCUGAUGGCAAGACAAUCAUGCCAAACCUCAUCAACUUGAGUAGUGAGAGAUUAGAUAGAUCAGGUCUUUUCAUGUUAGAGAAUGGGCUUGAAAUCUUUAUAUGGGUUGGGCGAGCGGUUCCUCCUGAACUCUGUCAAGCUAUAUUUGAUAAGCCAUCUUAUGAUGCUCUUGCUCCUGGCAAGUUUACACUGCCGCUGCUCCAAAACAAUAUGUCUAUAAGGGUUAACAACAUCGUCAACACUCUUCGGCAAGCACGAUUGAUUGACAAUACAUGCUAUCCAUCAAUUUCCAUCGUCAAGGAAGACGGAACAGAUCCUGCCUUACGUGCCUACUUUUUGUCGCACUUAAUUGAAGACAGAAUGGAUGGACACCCAUCAUACCCCCAAUACUUGUCGACUUUACAUGAAGCAGUGAGCAAAGUUGCUUCUGCAUAG